AUGCGGCACAAAGGCGCCGCGAGACUGCCGGCCCUCCGGCCUACGCGUGGUGCACGGCGCCCCUCGGCCGCCGACGCGGCGAGCCAGGAUACGAUGUUCCGCUCCUGCGCCUACACACACAUCCGUGGCUCCCGGCGGUCGGCGAAGACGGCGGCGGCCAGCACCCACCCAGGCGCGGGAAGUCUCUCGAUCUGGCAAACUUCAGCGGCGACCCAUGGCCCGGACAGCGCUUCCUCGGCCAGCCUCCUAGCGGAGCGGCAGCAUCCUUUGGCCCGGCUGCUCCCAGCGCUGCACCUGGAGGCGGUCGCAGCGGCCAACGGCCGGUGCCCGGCAUGGCGAUGCCCUCAGGCGCGCGGCAGCGCGGUCCACAGCCCGGGCAGAGGCGACACCUUCUGCGCCAGACGCACCCCGGCGGCGCCCUCCAUCGGCCUGAAUCUCGGCGCACAGCGACGAGCGCGCCACAUGGCCAUCAUCUGAGGCCCUCGGCCUCAGGGCGGCUCCCACGGAGCGACCAACCGCGACGCAGCGCGGAAGACCGAGGCGACGCGGCAGCUCUUGGCUUGCACUCAUGCAGGCGGCGCCCGAGGCAACGGCCCUCGGCUGGCCUUCCGGCCACGGAGGCGGCUGCUCCCUCUGGCGUGGCUCCCCGCGGUGGAGACGACGGCGGGCUCAUAGUCGUGGCCCUGGCCGUCGAGCCAAAACGGCGACGAGGCGGUUACACGAUUUCUCCUGGUGGAAAUCGCUCGGGAGGAAAGAGAUAGAGCCUAGAGUAUAAUUGGUUUGCUACCAAUAUUUGGCAUUGUCAAUAUUUGGCAAGCCAACAUUUGGCAAAAUCAAAAAUUGCCAAUAUUUGGCAACUUUUUGUGAGAUUGGCAAUGAAAAUUGGCAAGCAACCAAUUUCUAGCCAAUAUUUGGCCAUUGCUAAUAUUUGGCAUGCCAACUUUUGGCAUCAAACCAAUUAUGCUCCUUAUCUCUUCACUACUUUUGCAAUUUAGCCCUUGCGGCUUACCUAUUUACGGAAUAGCCCAAAACUUGUGUCUGUCAUCAUUUUGUGGCUAAUUCCGGGAUGUUUCGGGAUAUUGCAGCUUGGUCCAACUAGUUGCUAUUUAUUAGCACUGGUAAUGUUGAGGCCAUAUACCGAUCAUCAUUUAGCCCGUUUUCUGUUGAGUUUAACAUUCCAGAAAAUAUAUGGUUAUUAUAUGUGGCAUGUUCAAUGUAUUUGCUUUUUAGUAAUUCCUAUAACUUGUCCUAUUAGUACAA